ACAGUGUAUGUACACAGGUUCCAAGUGCCGAACAGCAGAAUUUGCAGCCUUGGAUGUGACUGGGGGAAGAGGACAUAAUGUAACUCAAGAUUAGUAACAAGAUAAGUGAAUGACACCGUCUUGGACGCUGAAGAGCAUUUCACGACAGCCUUGAGUUCUUCCCUGUAGUGUAAAAGGUGACCAAAGAAGGAGGACAGCGCCCCCUGUUGGUGCGAGAGAUGCCUCACUUGACCUCCAGCCACAUCACCCAGCCCAGGACCUUCCACUGGUGACAGGGACAUGGGACGGCUUCUGUCACCUUCCAGAUGGUUCAUUACAACUGACAUCCUGCUUAAUCUCGGUGGGAAGGAGCCUGAAAAUAUUUCUCUUUGUUACUCUGGGACAUCACAUACUCAUAGCAGUAGGAUUCAUCAGGUUUUGUAUAUCCUUUAAAGUUUUAAAGUGACCUUUUCCAAUGAGGAUGUCUGGUAUUGUUGCUGUAAAAGACGACCCAGAUGCCAUGAAGGGAUCCGAGAACGACCUGAGCCACUCCAGCUCAAUCGAGAACCUCCUCCUGACCGCAGGGCUCGAGAAAUCGCCGGCAGAAAGGGAUGACGGUGGUUGCGAUAACCAGCAGGAUCCUACGCGCGCGGUUCAGCCUUUGGGGCAAACCGGAAAAAGGUCUAAGUCAAGUUCAAAGUUAAAGCUAGUGCGGAGUCUGGCUGUGUGUGAAGAAUCGCCUCCUCCUUCCACAGCUGAUUCCCCCUUGGAGUUUCAGGAGCCCCUUCCAGAUCUCCAGGAGCCAAUAUUGAUUCAGCUUGCACCAUCCCCUGGAAAAGAGGAUCAACCUUCUAAAGAUGAAGCUGAAAAGGAAAAAGGGAAUGAAAAAUCCACUCGCAAAAUGCUUUCUCGAGUCUGUGAAAGUUUUGAGUUUAAUUUACCUGACAAUGGCCUUGAUGGAUUCCAGACAGAAUACACGGAUUCCACCGUAGACCUCCACGAAUUGGUGAACACUCUGAAAAGUAACCCCAGGGACAGAAUGAUGCUGCUCAAAUUGGAACAGGAUAUAUUAGAUUUUAUUUCUACCAACGAAAUUCAGCGAAAGAAAUUCCCUCCGAUGACCUCCUAUCACAGGAUGCUCCUGCACAGAGUCGCCGCAUACUUUGGCCUCGAUCACAAUGUGGACCAGAGCGGCAAAUCUGUAAUUGUGAACAAAACGAGCAAUACAAGAAUCCCUGAUCAAAAAUUUGAAGAACAUAUCAAGGAUGAGAAGAGCAUGGACUUCCAAAAGCGGUACAUUCUCAAAAGGGAUAACUCCAGCCUAGACAAGGACGAUAAUCAGAUGAGGAUGAGGUUGAAGGAUGACAGGAGAAGCAAGUCCAUUGAAGAGCGGGAAGAGGAAUACCAGAGGGCUAGAGAGCGGAUUUUUGCACAAGAGUCCCUGUGUUCUCAGGAGAAUUUUCUCACGGAUAAAAGACUUCAGGAGGAAGAGUGUAAUCUUACCCAGCAAAGGCGCCAGAUAUUUAGGAUCAAUAAAGACGCUUCAGGUAGAUCAGGAAACAGCCUCUUCAGCAGUACUGAGAAUGAUGUCAAGUAUAAUGAGCCUCGCCCGUGGAGCAGUACGGACUCCGACAGCUCCAUCCGAAACCUGAAGCCCGCUGUCACCAAAGCUAGCAGCUUCAGUGGGAUUUCGGUUUUGACACGAGGGGAUAGCUCUGGAAGCAACAAAAGCACAGGCAGGCUUUCCAAAACAGGUUCAGAGUCAUCUAGUAGUGUAGGGUCGUCCAGAGGUUCUCUGUCACACUCCCAGCAGCCUCUUCCAGUGCCCGCUGUAAGCCAGCCUUCCCAUGACUCAGCCGCCGUCUAUCCACCUGUCAGCACUAGUAAUUCUCUUUCCUUUGAUGGUGGCUUAAGUGGGCAAGUGGCUCCAUCUAGUACUAGCUUCUUUUUGCUUCCCUUGGAAGCCACUGGCAUUCCACCCGGCAGCAUACUGAUCAACCCACAAACAGGUCAGCCAUUUAUAAACCCAGACGGCACUCCAGUCGUGUAUAAUCCCCCUGUGACUCAGCAACCAGUUAGGACCCAAGUGCCUGCCCCAGCGCCCCCUCCUCCUCCUCCUCCACCACCUCCUCCACCACAGCAAUCUUCCAGCCACCUAAUCACCCAGUCAGACAACCUGGGCUCCCAGUUUAGCCAUAUGAGUCUUGCCAGACAGCCUUCGGCAGAGUCUUCAGACCAUUCGACCAUGUUCCAGUCCACCGUGGUGCUUCAACCUUCUGCUCAGUCCGGCUACAUCAUGGCGCUCCCUCCUCCCCCUCCUCCACCGCCACUUGGACAACCUUUACCACCCCCCAACUAUUCUGCCUCCAGCCAGCCUGUCAAUCCCACAGUGCUGCAGCCGCAGGGAUACAUCCAGCCCCCCUCUCUCCAGCAGAUGCCAACCUGCUACUGUGCUCCAAACCAGUAUCCUCACGUGAACCAACAAUACCGACCCGUAUCAUCUGUCCAGUUUAGUUCUCAACCAAACCAAACACUGCCACACGCUGCCCCCCACCAAACAGCUUAUCCUGCAGUUAUGCCCAGCCAGCAGCCGACCUACCACCACCAAGGCAUGGUCAAUGUGCAGCAGCCUCAGAGUCAGACGUUGGUCAGCGGGCAGCUUGGCAACAUUGCCAAUCCCAUCCAAGGUGUUAUGGUGCAGUACUCCUCAGUGCCCUCAUACCAGGUUCCUGUUCGGCAAGGCUCCCAGUCUGUGCUACAACAGCCAUAUCACCAACAGGUGCUCAUUCCUAACCAGUCCCACCAGGGCCAGUUACCGACCACGGGGAUGCCGGUUUUCUACAGCGUCAUCUCACCGGGACAGCAGAAUAACCUGAGCUCCUCAGUGGGGUAUAUGCAGCAUCCGGGAUCCGACCAGAUGCAAUUUCCAAGGGCAACCUCUCCUUGUAGCUCUCAGCCACUGCCAGGUCCUCAGUGUGCAGCAGUACCAGCGCCGCCCCCUCCUGGUGGAAUGGUAAUGAUGCAGCUAAAUCUUCCUCACAACCCACCACCUCAAACACAUUCACCACCUCAGUGGAAGCCAAAUAAAUAUUAUUGUGACCACCAGAGGGCUCAUAAAACGGAGUACGGAGGCUUGGAUCUGUCUGCACAGCAUAGUUCACAUCUAAGCAGCCCCAUCACAUCGCCCACUCAGUCACCGGUUCCUGUCCAAUUAACCAACAUGAAAAUUAUCCGCCCUGGUUUAUCACCUCUCCCUCUAGUUCCACAUUUUUCUAGACCGUUUGCUCCAGGACAAGGUGAUACAAGAUAUCCGUUACUUGGUCAGCCAUUACAAUACAAUGCUCCUCAAUUAGUACAUGGACAUAUAACAAGUCAACAGGGUCAGUCUGGACACAGACAUGGAAAUAGAGGCAAAAAAAACACCAAGAAAGCUGCUUCCACAGACCUCUCUGCGGGUGAACCUGUUGUUGGGAAAGUCCUAGAAAUCACAGAACUGCCCGACGGGAUCAGCCGCAAAGACGCCGAAAUGCUUUUUGGUGAACUUUUUAAAGCAGGUGCUAAAAUUCGGUGGCUCCGGGACCCCCGAUCACAGCAGACCCCACAUCAACACCAUCAACACUACUGCGGCAGCGGGGAGAGCCACACGAGUACUGAACAAGCCAGCCCCUCUUCAGACUUGGCCUCCACCUACACCAUCGUGGCGACGUUCCCCACCGUCUCAGCUGCUAAGUUUGCACUGAAAGAACACAAUAAUUUAAUGAACAAGUUUAGACUGAGAACGAGCAGAAAACCCUACGACCUUCACAUCCUUGAAAGAGCGAGCUCACAGUAGAAGAAACGGGGAGGGGAUGGGGGGGGGGCGUUCCUGCAUUGCCUGCCUUUGCCACGUGAUAAGGAUGGGCCUUUGGAGGGGUUUCUGUCUACGCCGAGAGUCGGAGCAUCACCACCACCACGAUCUGGGAACUGCAGAACUCCCUACAGCGCCGGCAGAAAGUCACCCGUCAGUAGGACUGCCCUCCUCUACCCUCCCCUUUUAUAGCCUGUUUGUUUUAUAUUUAUAUUUCUGUAUCGGACCCAAAGUUCUCUUGUACAGAAAAAAAAAUAAGAUAUGAUGUUCAUAAUGAAUGCCC